UCUGUGAAAGUUUGAGAUAAGAAUUGGUCACGCACAUCCUGCGUCCCUCAAUCUUGUCAGGUAUUUCACAGCCGCGAAAGUCGACGUCAUUUGAUGACGCGAUGUUCAGUUUUCUCUUGAUCAACACUGUCUUCCUGCUACAGAUUGUAGCCAGACUCUUUGGCGUUCUGAAGAGAGCCGUGAAUGUGCGGUUCGUUCGCAAUGAGAAAUGUGGAAGUGCAGUGCCGCCCCCACCCGUGGUGAGGGAGCCUAGUGCCCCUGCACAAGAAUCAGGCACAUCGGUGAGGAAGAAAACAAGCUGCAGCAAUGAGGCUUGUGCAACAGUAAAGAAGAAAUCCCGACGUAGUGACUUGAACGGGCCUACCGACCCUGCGAACACGCCGCCGAAGACCAAACCUGCGGAGCCCGACAAACCCAGCGCCUCUGUGCGGGCUCCCGGUACAGCCAAGGGCAAACCGAAUGCCACAUUCGGCGGAAUGAAGGCCGGGUUCUUGCUACAGUCUCCAAAGAAGAAGCCUCAAACCAAGACAGAGACUGCAGCGAAGGCAGAUACCCCCAAGGCCGUGAAGGCUCCCCCCGACCAAAAGCUGAAGAACACUAGUACUGCGUCUGCGGGUCAGAAGCAUCCCACCGCCGAGGCCGGUCACCCGAAAGUGAACCCCUCUCAGCCACGCCAGAAGAAGGAAGAUCCUCCCCAAACCUCCAGUGCCGGAGAGAAGUCGGGCCAAAAGAAGGAAGAUCCCCAAACCCCCAGUGCCGGAGGGAAGUCGGGCCAGAAGAAGCAUCAGUCUCCGCGCCCCACUACUGAGUCCGGACAGACUCACCGCCAGUCUUCUUCGUCAGAAACGCCCCCCAUCAUCCCUGUACUUGCGCACGUUCGUCCCAUCCUACUGCCGGUUCCAGGCACCAACCAAGUGAGCCUCGUCUGGGACGGGAGCAGAAAGGCCCGUAACUUCCUGGCGAUGAUCAUUGCAGCAAGAAGGGCUGCGGGACUCUAA